AUGACUGAGCCCGAGAAUUUCGAGGAGGAUCUGUUUGCCGAUCUUUACGACGAUGACACCCCAGCGAAGCCCCAAGCUGCCCAGGAAACCGCGCCCGCUCCUCCGCCCGCACCCGCCUCUGUUCCACAGCAGAGCAUCGAGACACAUGCUGAGCCACCUGCUCAGCCCGAACCGGACUACGGAGGCGGUGACGACCAGAUGAAGUACGAAGAGGACGACGAUGAUGAUGUGGACUUCAACCUUGGAGGUGAUAGCGCGGGCGGCGGUGGCGGUGGCGGUGGUGGCAGCAGCUAUGCUCCUGCCUCGAAUGGCGUCGGCAACAUGAAGCACGAGGAACCUACAUACUCGACAAGCACAGCAAAGAAUCCUAGUGCCAAGGAAGACGGGUAA